AUGGUCUUCAUGAAGAGAUUGAAAAAUGGUCUUCUGGAACAAGAAGAUGCAAGCCAUGAUACAUGGGUGUUUCCAGAGAGGUUCACUGAGAGCAUUCAGUUGGAUAGGAAGGAAGACUUUGAAGCUACUGGAAGUUCAGCCUGCUGUAAUUUACCCUCAGCCCAGAAUGCCUCUGUUGAACAUCCGAACAGGGAAACAGCUGAUCAUCAAAGGAGUAAGCAAGAGGUUUUCACAUUUUCAUCAAAACCUCGAUCAGCUCCUUUCGGAAAGUCUCCCAAUAUAUCACCAGAAAGUUGCAUUUUCCCACUGGAACUGGAGCUCAACAGUAACGCAGAACAUGAGCCAACCAAAAGUGAAGAUAGCUUUGAAGGAGCUGACAGCAGUGAGGAGAAGUAUGACAGGAAAAAGUACCAGUCAAAUAGACUGAGUUCAUCUGAACUACAGACGCUGGCCAGCAUGAAGAGACAACAAAAUGAAGAAUUAUGGGAUGCUGGGAUUUCCCAUGGGCUGAGCGCCACACAGAUCAAUUGCUGCAAUGUCAGCCUAAGUAUAAGCAGUGAUGAUGAUACAGCAGCCUGGAACUCUUGUUUCCCACCACCCGUCAGUCAGGAGCAUCACUAUCAGAAAGAAAUGAGCCCACUUUCUCAUUCCAGCCCACGGGACUUGUUAAAUGUGUUCAGUCCCCCUGUCAUUCCUGGAAGCCAACAACUAGAAGAGAAUACUAAAUCUUCAGCAAAACAGAGAACUCCAGAUACUCAAAAAACCCCACUGUACUGAAGCGAUCAUUCUUCCAAGAAAUAAGAGAGAAGCACAAAGCCAUUCCAUGACCUGCCCUCCCCAAACAGGACAUUUUGGAUUUUUUCUGAGCUACUGGACACCCCUCUCUAUGAAAGCAGCAGAGAAGCUGCAGUGCUGUGUGAUAAAGGCCUGUCAGAUUAGAUCAUCCCCAUCAAACAUCAGAAUCUGGGAAUUUUCCUAGAUACCUUGGUUUAAAAAAAUCCUGAUGGACCAUGGUAACUGGAUGGUUUGGAGUAUCAUUUUUGAAAGAGGUGCUAAAUAAAUUGUGUCCUGUGAUAUAUCUUGAGGACCUUGGGAAAAACUUUUUUUCCGUAUUCAUUUCACUUGAGGUCAGUUAUUUGUGUGGCAAAAGAGCUGGUUCAUUGCAGACAGUGACAUACCAGAGCUGAACAACAAACUGAAUGCUCAAAUCCAUGCCAAAAAAAUUCUGCUGCUCUGCUCAGCCUCACCUUUUUUUGAUUUUUUUAAUACCACAUAAGAUAAUUACUUCAUUCUCAUGUUGGGAAGUGUCCCAGGAUUAUUUACUCUGUCUGUGCAGUUUUCCAGUGUUCCAAGUAUCACAAGAUAACAAAAUCAUAUAAACAGCCCUGAAAAUAUGCAAUGAGUCAUCAUGUAUUCCAGACAAUUUUAUCUAAAAGUAUCCUUAAAGAAAAAUAGUAUUGCAUUAGUAAACUAAUAAAGAUUGGUCAAUUCUUAUAUUUUAAAAAAUCUUUAAGUUGAGGCUUAACUUUGGGGGGGAAAGUGAUUCCUUUCUAAGAAAGGUUUUCACUCUGUAGUUCAUUUCUCAACAUUUGCACCAUCCAUUAGUUAAAAGGUGAGAUGCAAUGAGAAGUAGUCUUCUAUUCAACAGGCUUCCCAAUACAAUAAGAGGAAAAUUUAGACUCAUAAAUAUGAUAAAUUUCCAUAGAUUUUUCCAUUCAUGGGCACUGAUGUUUCUGAGGUAUAUACAGUUUUGUUGAUCUUGACAUAGCAAGACAAUCUCCACAUUAAGUGACAGUGACAAAGCUAUGAAUGUUCUGAAACUUACUUUAUGGUAUCUUGGCCUUAAGACCAAGGGAUAAGGUUAUAAAAACUCUAGGAACCACACAGUCUUCUUUUUUGGGCCACAGCUGCUGACAGUAUUCAUAUGGUAACCCUGCAGUACAUAAUUACAGGAUAGAUUUGAGCACUGUAGUUCAAGGAUCACCUUGGAGAAAAUAUCAGCAGUGUUCUCUCCACCACACCAUCUGCUGAGAGCUGAUCCAGGGCAUUCGACUCCCAUCAGAGUCAGAAUAUGAUCCAUGUACCUUAAAGUGAGGUUUGCUACAAGAUGUUUUCUAAUAUUAAAAUCUAGAAUAUGAUAAAAGUAUAUUCCUGUGAAAAGGGAAACUAUUUAUUUUAGUUCUCCAGACUGUGCUGACUAUGAAAACACCGUUGACAUAAUCCAAAUAACACCACAGUUAUUUGUACAUUCAUUUCUGAGUUCAGAAAAAGCUGCUACAUGCCUGCCUGUUCUUUGUUAUCUGGGUUUAGACAUCUUGAUCAAGUCU